UCGCGUUCGCCACGCGGAGGUUUGUAGACACGUGGACAGACGAUGCAACUUCGGCCUCAUUACAGGCAGACCGCUCUCUCCUUCUCGCCGCGGAUCUGUAUCGUCGCUUCGAAGGUUCGGCGCCCUUCUGCAUUGUUUGUUUUUCGCCGCGGAGCAGUAUUGGCAGGGUUUAUCUCCUUCUGGCGCGGACGUCGACGUCACGCUACUUUGUGCAGCGUGGGCGGUUCUUCAUCGUCGGUGCGAACGCGGCCGAUUGAGGUACACCAAUCCAUUCGCAAGACGCUGCUCACGGCCCGUCAAUGGAACUACCAUCGGCGGGGCACUCUCUCUUUGUCGCCGCGGAUCUUUCUCGCCACGUGUCGGUUUGUCAUUGUCGGUGUUGUCUUCUUCUCGCCGCGGAGCAGUCUCGUCGGUGUUGCCCAACUACUUUGGCAUACCUGGAUGCCUUGCUCCUCAUUGCCGCUUGUUCUUCGUCUUCGCGAACGCAGGAGUAGGCACGAGCGAUCCGCAGAGGGAAGCAUGAAGCAUGUCUGCCCGAGCCGGCGCCCGUGGCAAGAAGCGGGAAAUAGUUCCUGCAGACACUCAGGGGCGGGAAAGGGUGGGGGGCAUGUCCCCAAGUCGAAGAGGCUUCGUUCAGAAGAAGCAUCAGGAGGCGUGCCUCUUCGGCGGGGGCAGACUUGGGGGACAGCUGACGAAGAGGACGACGAAGACGUGUUCACGACGAAGGAAGAAGCAGCAGAGGACACCAUGUCGGCACCUCGGGGAAGCAGUCUUCAACGGGCAACUGAUCAGAGCGCUGCGAGGAAAUUAUUGACACCCCCUCCGGAGGCGCAGCAAGCGUGUGCCCACGAUACCCCGAAGGCGAAGGAGGUUGUCGUUGAUGUCGACGGUGAGGACAACGGGCCGUUGGAAAGCCAUCGGCAGCGCAAUCUCACGCAAGGCGCCACGACAACGACACUCGAGAUACGCGGCUCGACUGAAGAAAGGCCACCUCAGGGUGGGCUGUUCUCCACGCCGUCUCAGUCGCGUCCGCGCAACACGGCUGCUGAGGGGGGCUCCGUGGAACGCGGUGGAGGGGGGGGAACCCAGCAAGAAGCGCUCGUGGCGGGUGGGGGGGCGAUCGCUGCUGCGGGUGCGGGGUCUUCGGGCGAUGUUGCGGCUGUGGCGAGAAUGAGAGAGGAACUUCCAGUUGUGCUGCGGAAGGUGGCGCGGGGCAACAACAGGGGUGAUAGGGAGAAUGAGGACACCCUUUUAAGUCGGAUGUGGAGGGGAGGCAUGGCGAAAGAUCUGGCCGACCGUGCCUACCUGUCGGUUGAUGACAAAGCGUUCUGGACGACGGGAGAGGAGCAAAGACUGUACAACAUCGUCCACGAAACGCGGGAGAAUUUUGUCGCCAUCGCCAGCGGGCAGCAAGCACCCUCUGUCCCUCGGAGCGUAGUCAUGCCGAAAUUCGCUACGAGCCUAACAAGGAUUGCGGAUCCCACACAACUGCAGCAGGCGAUCUCCCGCGCGGCGACAGUGAAGAAUAUUGCUCUGCGCGUCUUGCACGGAUGGGUCUUCAAGUUCGGGAACCGCCUCUGAGGAUACAAUCUCGCUUUCCAGUACGUGCUGGAGUCAGUGGCGACGGACAUUGCGCGUGUCAUGACGUA